ACGCCCCCUACCCCCGGACCCGGAAGAGCUUCUGCCCAGCGGCCCGGAAGUAGUGGUGGCGGGGAAGGGAGAAGAGGGGGUACACCGAGGCGGCUCUCAGCGAAGACCGGCGCGAUGUUCCUAUCGGUGGCGGCUUUGGCCAAGAGCAAAUCUAAAUAUAUCCUGGUGAGGAUGAAAAGUGCAGCUGAGACGGGCUACUGUUUCAACGUCAGGAGGCUCCGACUGCAGGAAAAACUGGUCCUGCUGAGAUACGAUCCCAUUGCAAAACAACGUGUCCUCUUCACAGAGAAGAGAAAAAUCCGCUCUAUCUGAACAAUGACUGGACUUGAUUUAUGCACGAGGAGAGUACGGUUUAGGGGGAGGAUGGGGUGAACUCUGAUUCAGAAAUCCAGCAACAUGGGCUGAAAAGAGAGGAAAUGAACUGGGAUCACCGUCUCCUGUGAUUUGAAGGCCAUUGUGAAUAAAACAAUGUAGAGAGAGAAAAUUCUUUAUGUCUGGACGUAGAUCAUCACAGUAACAUUUAUUUAUCUUUUGAGUUAUUUUUACAGUACUCAAUUAAAAAAAAAUUAAAUAGCAAAUCCCAUUGUCUGUGUUUUCCAUUGUGAAAGAGGCUGUAAUCUUCAAAGGAACUAUUGUUUUAUAAGGCAAUAAAAAUUAACAUUUUCCACAGCAGGAAUUCAAUGGCAGGAUUGCGAGUUUUUCUAACCUACCAGCCACAGAUUGAACAGUAGUGACCACGAAUUGGUGUCAUUCCUUAGAGGGGUAGUAUUGCGCCAGCUCCUUCCUAGAAAAGGAAGGAGCAAUGGAACCUGGUGAAAUAAGAUGAGCCUUUUGAUGAGCUUCUCUGAUAAGCUGUGACCAUGGCUAAAAGGGCUAUAUUAUUUUCAGUCAGGCAAGUGUGAUGGAUUUUUCACUCCCGGAUUUUUGUCAAGCAUGAAGAAGGUAGAUAGCCAAAGUAGUUCCCCAAUGGUUUUGGAAGUUUUUCUUUUUUAAUUAGCUCAGCUAUGUUUAGAGCAAUAUGGCUAAAAAUAUUUUACAAAGUCUACUUCAGUAGCACUCUUGUCCUCUUUCCAGUUUGAGAGAUCUUCCACAAUUCAGCAGAACUGCAGGGGGCACAGUGCCACAGCCCACAUCUGAGGAACUUGGGAAUAUGGGCCAGGCCUGGAUGUACGGUGCUUUCUUAUGAGCUAAAAGCUGGCCUUGAUGUCUGCAGCUGAGGACUGAGGUUGCAAUUUCAAAGUUGACACUCUGCUUCACCCACUGUCAUCAUACUUCAGAAGUUCUGAUAAAAUGAAGUAAAAACAUUACCAGGAGCCUAAAGCCCUCCAGUCGUUUUGCUGUAAACUUUGUGUAAUUCAAUAUAGUGCAUUGUGUGGGAUGGCCACAAGCCUGUAGUUAUGUGUGGGGCCAGAGAGACCUGCUGUGCUGUGUUUGAAAGACCCGCCACCCCCACUCCAUCUUACUGUUGAACAGGAACUGACAGGAUUCCUCAAAUAAGAAGCAAAGAGACUUUCUUGGUCUUUCCAGUCAGCAGAGGAGAACCUCUGUGCAGUCAGGAGAGUAAUGCUGUCUGGGACAAGAUA